AUGAAGCUCUGUUUAUUUAUUGUAAUUGAGGAGAAAUACUCAUUUAUUUUUGGUUUACCUGUCAAAAACAGGCAUUUGUGUGUCAUCUUUGCAUUCUUACAGUUUCUUGUUGCGCUUACUUCACUUCUUCAGCAUGCUUAUUCGAUACGAAAAUACAAUACCAUAUUUGCAUGCCAAUCGAAUAUUACAACAAGUUCAUCUGCAUCUGAGAAGUUUCUAGCCUACGAUAUUAUCAUAUUUGAUUAUGGCCUAAUGCAUCGUGUGUUAGGAACUGAUGAAUGUAUAGCAAAUUAUCUGGAUGGCGGUUUUAUGCGCUCUGUUUGGUGUUUAUCACAUACUAGUUCAUUGUUUCUGCUAAUAAUCGCAUUAUUUUUUCAUACAAAACCAAUUUGGUUACUUUGGCCAGCGCUUUUGAUGCAAUCAUCGUACGCCCUCGGGCUGGCUGUGUUAACAAUGGCAACAGCUCCAAAGAUGCUUGAUGCAUUAAGCGGUAUGGUAGAUACAGAAUUCGGUACUGCAUUUACUGUUUACUUGAUCGGCUUCAUUUCCAAUUGGCUUUUCACUUUUGUAUUGUGGCAUCACUAUUGGUAUAUUGAGGAGAAACUGAAAGCCAUCUCUACUAAACAUGAUUCAACUGGUUAA